AUGAAGGCAACCCUACGGCUCUGGACGGCGGUGAUGGCGUUGGUGUGCGUGAGUCUGCAGGUGUCCGCUUUACCGUACAGUGACAGCCGUGUUGUACAGGAAAACAGCUUGCUCUCGCUGAAAAGGACGAAACCGUCGCUGUCGAUCGUUAACCCGCUGGAUGUGCUUCGGCAGCGAAUCAUCCUCGAAAUGGCCCGAAGACAGAUGCGCGAAAACACAAGACAGGUUGAACUGAACAAGGCGCUUCUGAGAGAAAUUGGAAAACGGAGUAGCAACCUGUACGACGGCUCAGAAUACCCGCUGGACUACACGUACUACGAUCGGAAGUUUUAUAAUCAGCAUGCCGCACCCAAACCGAACCAUGCACGUCCUGCGGAGGAUGAGCUGGAAGCGAUGGUUGAAAACCUUCUGCAGAACAAUCGCCUAGCUGCGCGGGAAGGCAAUUAUGCCAGCAAACUUCAGCGGGCGCACUCAAUCAAUGAAAGGCAAACGGCCGCGUCCAGGUUGGCCUCCGAUCAGAUGUCCCCGCAUGCUCAGUCAGCACAGACCCAGCAGUUCGGCAGCCUUUUCAACAACGAACAGGAAGAUCUCAAGACAAAGGAUCAUGCUCUCAGACAGUCAGCCGUACCGGUGGCCCAAGAACAGGACAACACUAACGACAACGGUGAGGACGAUGAACAAGAGGAACAACCGGCUAAUGGUGGUAGUUCCGGUGUGUUAAAGGCCGUGCAAGACGGUAACGACCUGCUGGAACCGUCUAACCAUGCGUCGUCGAGCGAUCAGAGCAGUGGAACCGAAUUUGGACCGCGGUACGUCUACGGUAUGUACAAAAACCGAUACGCAAACUAA